AUGAAACCUUUUGUAUUUAGGAUUGACCCAAAUGUCCUUUCUCAAUUCGUAAAACCAACAGGACAAAAGAAAGAGGAGACCUCCUAAAUAAAUUAAGUUUAAGAUUGUUUAAAAGUAAUUUUAAGUUAAAUAUAUAGUAAUUAAAUAUUGAUGAUGAGGAAGAUGUAGAUUAAUUUACAAAUCAACAACCAUCAUAACCUGUAAUAAAAAAUAGAUCUAGAACAAUUUAUUCUAAUGGAUCAACUCUGCCUGAAACUUUAUCUAAAAACUCAAAUUAAUAGAUUUAGGAAAUGAAUCUAUCAUUUAGUGGAUCUUCUUUGGGUUGGGAUGAAGUAUUUAGUUCAACUAUGCCCACAUCUUUUUAAAUGUUUCAAUUUAAAAAUAAAAGACGCUAUGAACCUUAAUAACAAACAACCUAAUUCUAAAUUCAAUUACAAAAUGUAAUUUCAAUGUUAUUAUCCUAGAUACCUAAAGAUAAUCGUACAACCUUAAUGAUAAAAAAUAUACCAAAUAAAUAUUCUUAACCUCUCCUCCUUGAAGAGAUAGACUGUAAUAAUAAGGAUACAUACAAUUUUUUUUAUUUACCUAUUGACUUUACAGUAAAAAAUUUAAUUAAUUCAAAAUAGAACAAAUGUAAUGUGGGAUAUGCAUUUAUCAAUUUUUAUAAUCCUUUAGACAUUCCAAAGUUUUAUCUUGAAUUCCAUAAUAAAAAAUGGAGUAAAUUUAAUUCAGAAAAAGUAUAGUUAUCUAUUUUAUUAUAUAGAUUUGUUAAAUCACUUAUGCUAGGAUUUAAGGAGUUGAAGAACUUUAAGGACAUUUUUAAUAUUCUACAAUCAUGCAAGAAAAAGUAUAAACAUUAAAUCAAUAAAUAGGAUCGAAGAUUAAAACCAAUCUUCAAAUAAAGUUCAGAAUAAAAGCUAAAAAGAAAAUGA